CAGCUCCGCACUAGCUUCCUCUCCCCGCCGCAUAACAUGAGCUCCCUUCUCUCCAAGCGGACGCAUAACGAUACAGAUGGUUUCUUUACGAUAUCCCGCUUCAUGCUGACCGAAACUGCUGUUGUUUAGGAAAAAUCUCCCUGUCCCCCUGUUACCGGUUGUGUUUUUUUUUUUUUUUUGGAUGCGCCAUGCACUCUCGCUGGUGGAGUUGUGGCAUUCGGCUGGUGGCAUGGACGUGGGUUUGGAGUCUGGCAUUGCUCGGAGCGUGGUGCAUCCCCGCAAAUGAAGUGAACCUGCUGGAUUCUCGCUCUGUGGCGGGAGACCUGGGAUGGGUGGCCUAUCCUAUGAAUGGGUGGGAGGAGAUCGGGGAAGUAGACGAGGACUACGCUCCCAUCCACACCUACCAAGUGUGCCGGGUGAUGGAGCAGAACCAGAACAACUGGCUCCACACCAACUGGAUCCUGACUGAGGGCGCUCAGCGGGUCUUCAUUGAACUCAAGUUUACCUUGAGAGACUGCAACAGCCUGCCCGGUGGGGUCGGGACCUGCAAGGAGACGUUUAACAUGUAUUACUACGAAACGGACGGGGCCGAGGAGGAAAUGGAGGACGGAGAGAUGAGAGAUGGAACGGGGAUGACUGAGGAAGAGGACAGGGCGUUGAAGGAGAGCAGAUACAUCAAAAUUGACACCAUAGCAGCUGAUGAGAGCUUCACCGAGCUGGACCUGGGGGACCGCGUGAUGAAGCUCAACACCGAAGUCCGUGAUCUAGGUCCCUUGACCCAUAAGGGUGUCUACCUGGCAUUUCAGGAUUUGGGAGCGUGUAUUGCUUUAGUCUCGGUGCGUGUUUUCUACAAACGCUGCCCGUUUCUGGUGAAGAGCUUGGCCGAGUUCCCCGACACCAUCCCGGGCUCAGAGGCCUCGCAGCUGGUGGAGGUAGUCGGCCACUGCGUCAAUAACUCCCUGCCUUUAUAUGAGCCUCCCAGGAUGCAUUGCAGCACAGAGGGAGAAUGGCUGGUGCCGAUCGGGAAGUGUGUGUGCCAGCCGGGAUUUGAGGAAAUCAACGGGUCCUGUCAAGUCUGCAAAGUGGGGUUUUACCGCUCGCUGCUGGAGUCUUUGGCCUGCAGUAAAUGUCCACCCCACAGUGUGGCCAGGCAGACAGGAGCCACUGCUUGCAGUUGUGAGGAUGGAUACUAUAAGAUCGACUCUGACCCUCCCAAUAUGGCCUGCACACGCCCUCCUUCUGCUCCACGUAACGCCAUCUCCAAUGUCAACGAGACCAGCGUCUUCCUGGAGUGGUCCGUUCCCAUGGAAACGGGUGGCAGGAAGGACGUGCGCUACAACAUCCUGUGCAGACAGGUCCUGCCAGACGGAAGGGGCUUGGAAGAAUGCGGCCCCAGCGUACGUUUUUUGCCACGUCGUGUCGGACUGUCAAACACCUCGGUCAUGGUGGCCGACCUGCAGUCGCACACCAACUACAGCUUCCUGCUGGAGGCUGUCAACGGGGUGUCAGACCUGGCCAAGGACCACGCCAAGCAGUAUGUGUCACUCAAUGUGACAACCAAUCAGGCAGCACCGUCCCCAGUGAGUGUGGUGAGAAAAGGCCAUACGGACAAAAGCAACAUCGCCCUUUCUUGGGCAGAGCCUGAUCGUCCCAACGGCAUCAUCCUGGAGUACGAGAUCAAGUAUUUUGAAAAGGAGCAGGACUCCAGUUACACUAUUAUAAAGUCCAAGGAGACUGAGAUGGUGGUGGAAGGACUGAAGCCCUCUUCAGCCUACAUCUUCCAGGUGCGAGCCAGGACCUCAGCAGGCUAUGGCGCAUUUAGCCGACGUUUUGAGUUCCAGACCAGCCCUUACUUAACUGCGACCAGCGAGCGUGCUCAGGCUUCGAUAGUAGCGGUGGCCAUCACGUUGGCUCUGGUCCUCCUGGCGGUAGUCGCUGGAUUCCUGCUCAGCGGACGGCGGUGUGGCUACAGCAAAGCAAAGCAGGACCCGGAAGAGGAGAAGAUGCACUUCCACAACGGUCACAUAAAGUUCCCUGGGGUGCGCACUUAUAUUGACCCCCUCACCUAUGAAGAUCCCAACCAGGCGGUGCAUGAAUUUGCUCAGGAGAUCGACGUCUCGUUCAUCUCCAUAGAGAGGAUCAUCGGAGCAGGGGAGUUUGGCGAGGUGUGCAGCGGACCGUUGAGGUUGCCUGGGAAAAGAGAGAUCCAGGUUGCCAUAAAGACCUUGAAAGCGGGCUACACGGAGCAGCAGAGACGAGACUUCCUGUGGGAGGCGUCGAUCAUGGGCCAGUUUAACCACCCAAACAUCAUCCGUCUGGAGGGCGUGGUCACCAAGAGCAAGCCUGUGAUGAUCAUCACUGAAUACAUGGAGAAUGGAUCACUGGACACGUUCCUCAAGAAAAACGAUGGUCAGUUUACGGUCAUCCAGCUGGUUGGUAUGCUGCGUGGCAUUGCGUCUGGCAUGAGAUACCUGUCCGACAUGGGCUACGUCCACCGGGAUCUGGCAGCUCGUAACAUCCUGGUCAACGGUAACCUUGUGUGUAAAGUGUCUGAUUUCGGCCUGUCCCGAGUCCUGGAAGAUGACCCGGAGGCUGCGUACACCACUCGGGGCGGGAAGAUUCCUAUCCGCUGGACGGCUCCAGAGGCGAUCGCAUACAGGAAGUUCACCUCAGCCAGCGACGUGUGGAGUUACGGGAUUGUCAUGUGGGAAGUGAUGUCAUACGGAGAGAGGCCAUACUGGGAGAUGUCCAAUCAAGACGUCAUAAAAGCAGUAGAGGAGAGCUACAGGUUGCCGGGUCCUAUGGACUGCCCUGAGGCUCUGUACCACCUAAUGAUGGACUGUUGGCAGCGAGAACGCAGCAACCGCCCCAAGUUUGAUGAGAUUGUCUGUCUACUAGACAAACUAAUUCGCAAUCCCAGCUCAUUAAAAAAAUUGAUCAACUCUUCACACAGGGUGUCCAACCUGUUAGUGGAGCAUGCCAGUGUAGAAGGGAGCUGCAGCACUCGGAGCCAGACCAUAGGGGAAUGGCUCGACUCCAUCAAGAUGGGUCGUUACACUGAGCUCUUCAUGGAAGGAGGUUACUCUUCGCUGGAGACAGUGGCUCAGAUGACAUCAGAGGAUUUGCGAAGAGUCGGAGUGAACCUGGCCGGACAUCAAAAAAAGAUAAUCACUAGUAUUCAAGAGAUGAGAGUGCAUAUGAACAACACCAACUCUACUGUAAAUAUCUGAAACGUGUACAGGCACGCACACACACACGCACACACACACGCAAAUACACACAUAUGAAAACAUACACAAUAUAUGGACCUAGUAUGUGACAAAAAGACUCCGAUUUGCUGUUGGACCUAGAGCGGCUUAGCACUUUUUACGGACAAGACACCCAGUCUUUAUGGAUCUAGACUGAAGGAUCCACAUUUUUGUGGUUCGUGUGUGUGGUGUUUGCUUGUGGUGUCAUUGGGAAUAUUUGACAUUGCAGCACUAAAACCAAACCGAACUGAACUGGGUGGUGCUACACGAAGGGAAGAUGAUGGCGAGCUAAACUGAACAGAAGAUUUUUCAUUCUAAUUAUUCCAUUUGUGUGAAUCUUGCAGAUUCUGAUAUCUCUGUGCACUGUUUGGAGUCUCUCAGAUCAAACGUGAAACAUAGACCGCAGAUCUGGCUCUGAGAGCAACCAGCACUUUUUGGCUGUAUCACAAAUACGGGAGUUUCAUGCAGCAGGCUCAAACUUUUUCAGCCUGUCUCAGGUCGCUCACAAUGGAUCUGAACAGUCUCUCUGGCAAUUUUCUCUGGAAGUACAGUUCCAUCACGAGUCAUUGAAUUGAACAUCAUUCUCAGGCGGGGGAAAAAAGUAAUAAUGGACCAAGAGCAUGAUGUUCAUUAGUUUCAGUCUCAGCUUUGGCAUGCUGAUGUGCUUUGGAUUUAGUUUACCUGUCUCAGGCAGGUCUUCAUGCGACCGGACUGCAGUUGUAACCCAGCUGUGCAACUCAUGGAUGGCCCAGACUCAUAUUCAGCAUCAUACACGUCAUUAUCUUCCAAAGUGAUGCAAGACAAGAGUACCUAAUGCGACCUACAUUGUUUAAAUAGGCUGACUAUUAAAAUACAACAAAGUCUGUGACAAGGGAAACCAUCUUGUUGAACUACAAAAGAAAAAUAUGAAAAGAUACAAGGCUGUAGGCAUUGGGAUAUUCUAUAACUGUUCUUCUGGCUGAAUGUAUAGCACUACUCAAAACCCAACACUCAGUUGCAGCAUCAACCUGUUUUGUUUAUAUAUGGACAUGCUGUCAAAUAGAAUGUGGCCAUUCUGGUCCCUAAAACCAGCUUCUGAAUGAAUCUGCAGAUGUAUAUGAUAUUCAGCUGGCUUUCCAUCGUCUUUGCUUUGAAAAUCAGUAGGAAUCUCCACUAAGAUCUUGAUGGGUUCCUAUAGAGCUAAUUCAGCUAUCAACUCCUGAACCAUGCAGAUUCUGAAUUAAAAUUGCAUCAUGUAACUGGACACUCCAUGCAUGUUUUAGUGGAACGUUCACUCCGAUGCAGGGGAAUCUUCGUUAAAGUUCUUGCAACAUCACACUUUCAAAUCCGCUUCACUCAGAGUCUAGAAGAACUGGUACUGAUAUUCUACUGGAACUUUUGCUCGGACACUAAUGGAUCCUUCACUCAGAUUCUGAUGAACCUUCAUGCAGGGUCUACGUCGUACAUUCAAAUGGAACAUUUUGUUUAUGGGAAUUCAUGGAAAGUUCAGUCAAUACUGAUGGAACAUUUGAUCAUGUAAUAAUGGAACUGCCAGUCAGAUUUUGAUGGAAAGGAUCACCCAGAUUAUAGUGGGACUGUUAAAUGAUAUUCCAAUGGAACCUUCUCUUAGAUUCUAAUGGAAUCUCUACUAGGAUUCCAAUGCAGCCUUCACUCAAGAAUGCACUCCGAUUUUCAUGGAGCCUUCACUUAGAACCCAACAACCUUCAGGUACCGCAGAAAACCUUCAACAAUCUGUUCAGUUCACCAUGCCGUAGAGUCUCUCUCCACCACAUCUCUACCACACCACAAUAAACCUCACUCUUACAGGACUGCAGAAAAUAAGGAGGCAAUUUUGAUCAACUUGAUAAUCAUUUAUUUAUUUAUACAUGUUCAAAAAAAAGAGCGAUAAUUACGUAGACGGUUUGACUCAUCAUAUUACUCUCUCUUUGACUACUGAGCAGCUCUGCCUACAUGUCUUUCAUGUAUAUAAUGUAUUAUAAAUUUAAAGCAGGGAGCAUUGUUCUUUAUUCUUCCAUCAUGUGGACGUUGAAGUUGGUAUUGGUCAAGCAUCUCAGAGUAGUACACGUUAGUAAAUAGUGACAGAUAUUCUAAAUCAGCAUUCCUGCUACAUAGACCUGGGCCACUGUAAGGUGGGAGCAACCAGCACAUCUGUCCCCAUAUAAGGGUGCCCAAAAGGGUAUGCAGAACUAUCAAAUAUUUAUGUUAUGUUGUUGUUGUGUUUCAUUUUAAAUUUUGGAGCAAGACUUAGAGAUAUUUUUAGUGGCCAUAAAUGAGACAGGAAUAAAUACUCUGUUGUCUCUAAAAGCCAGAGCCAAAGUGUGCACAGGGAUUGGUUCUUCUUCUGGUAUGGUUUAAAGGUAUACAAUGAUGUCAAUGAUCAAGCCCUUGCUUUAGUUCUCUUUGGUAUGGUAUGUAAUACAUUGCUACUCAGUACUUUAUUAUUAAAACAUUGACCCUUUUCACCGUUGUGUUCAUCUAAGCAGGAACUGAGUUCUGACAGUAAUAUAUAUCUUCUUUGCAGAUGACAUGCUCAUAUUUUUCUUGGUUAUACACAGUGUACUGCUAGUGCUGGAAAGUGGAAACAAAAUUAGAUUGUAAAGCUAGUUUUAUAAGAAGUGGUAUUACUUGACUGUAUGAAAGGCAUAGAAAAGCACACAAGAAGAAUGUAUGGUUUUAAAGGGGUAUUUCACUUUUUUAAAGGAUAUGUUUCCCUUUUAAACACUCAAACCUCCCUCUGAUUUUAAGAGGAGUCAAAGUAAAAGGCCUCAUUCGCAGAAGAAAGCCACCACACUUGGACGUUUAGCUUUUCCAUCUGCUGAUCAAGAUCCUACGUCUUGACUUUUUCAUAAAAGAAUGUGAGUAGGCAAUGGUCACAAUUGUCAUUCUCCAUGGUUAUGUGUUUUUAAAAGUCGAAAUGUUCUACCAGAGUGAAAGUUAGCUUGAAAGUUAAACAUCUGCAUAGUCCCUUUGGUCUCCAUGUAUCACUUUGGAGGUUUGGCUCCAGCUUGUGUAUUAAUAUAUUGUAGUUAUUAUGGUGGCGAACAAGGGCGGUUUAGCAACAUUUGAUCUGCGGUUAUGUGGUUUUUGUGGGGGUUUUUAACCACAGUGUACUUUUUUUAUUCAAGCAGGUCUUAUUCUUGUCUUCAAAAAUGCAACCAAUGUAGAUUAUUGUGGCUAUGCAGAUCUUUAAUGUAGCGGGGGAAUGCAUCAAUAAUAUGGUGCAGAUUUUAUGUUGGACAAUAUAAGGCAUGUACAGUGAAAGUAAUUGUGCUGGGUGGUCUCCUCAGUCAUAUGAAUACCACAGGCGUUUUGAUGAAAUUGUCCCAGCAUUUUAAACCCACCCAAAUUUCAUGAUAUUGGCUCUUUACAACAACACUUUUCAACUUAAUUUUCAACCUAAAACAUAUGCCUGGGGCAUGAACAAUUGGUGAAUAGUACACCCUUAUAAGUGCCUCUCAUCUUUCGAGCACCAUUAUUUCCUCCCGCGCCAAAAUGCUAUGCCCCAAUUGUGCCCCAACUUUCUAUGUAUUUACUUUUUGCCAACAAUAUCUACAGGCAAUGAGAAGAAUGUCAGACAAUGUGUAUGUUGGAACUAAUUUAAUUUGCACUUUAUGAGAAAUCUGUUGACCUUUUUGUUUGACUAAAAAUGUUUAUAGGUAACUGACUUUUUAGUGUCAAAGUUUUUCUUAAUGAUUUACUAUAAGAUUACUAUAAUGACUGUGUUGAUUAUAUCACUCCAUAUUCUCAAUGCUUCCCAUAGUGUAAAAUUUGACAGUUAAGCACAAAGCAUUGGUAAUAUUUUUAAAAACAAAUCAAAGCUAUAUAUAUGGAAAGCAUCAUUGAUGUAGAGCACCAUUUUCUUGUGUACGGCACAACGAUACACCUUCAGAACGUAGGCACAGGGUGGGACAGAAAUCUUUAAGGACAGUGAGCAGAUGAUAUGACUUUGUACAAACGUCAAUAGCACUAGCCUUUGAUGUCAACAAACUUCAGCCAGACAUUUAGUCUGAGUGUUUGUGGCAUUUUAGCAUUACCACUGCAAAGUACAAAAGUGUGAAAACAUGUAUUGAUUUGUUGUCAUUGCAAAUAACAAUACAUAUAAAGUUUAGUUGAUAGUGUUGCUGCGCAAAAUGUCUUUAUUCAUUCAAAUGAUUUAUUAUCAGCACUUUUGCAAUGGCAUGAUUUUAUUCUGGUCAGCUCUUGUUAAACAAUUUUCAUUAAGUAGGAAGAAACAAAGCACAGCAAACCAGCAGAGACUUGUAAAGAUUUAUUGAUGUGUUGUUACUCUCCAAUGACUGUCAGCUGGAGCUUCAUCAACCAUGCAGUGAAGUGUUAUGCAGGAGCCAGUUUUUUGUGUCAAAUUACGUUACGUAACACGUUUGAUGUAACAUUUGAAUAAACAACUUUGUUGUUUGAAAUUGACUUUCAGAACAGGGUAAUUUGUUCACAUCAAUAUACACAUUAAUUUCCAUAACAAGUUCUUGCAUUUGUACAUAUUGGAGUUUGAUGUAAUUGGCUCCAUAAUAAAAAUCGCUACAUAAACCAUUAGAAAGGAGGAUUGACUGAAUUCUAGCAAAUGUACAAAAGCAAUACCUGAUAUUAAUAGCAAAAAAUCAUAUUUGCAUACACAAAUGCGUGGGUAUAUAGCAACCAUAAUCGGUUGCACUGACAUCUGACUGGUUUUAAGACACUUAAAAUGAUGAAAAGCAUAGUGUUUGUGUCUUAAAGCCAUUGACAAACCACAUUGUGGGAAAAAAACUGUUGUGAGUUGAAACCUUUACAACCGAUAUAAUGAAAUCGAAAUCACUGCUGUUUGUGUGUCAAGUAAGAUUGAGAGUUGUGCAAAAAGUAAAACCUUCAAAUGCAAAUUUGCCGUGGGAAAAAUACUUCUUUUAUCAAUGGCCCAGCCCACUUCACAACUGUAUAGUUAACUUCUCAGGAAGUGGAAAAUAGGUAUUGGGUCAUGGACAUGUGGUCUUUGGGAAAAAUGUGCAGCUUUCACUCAAAGUAUUAACAUACAAAAGCAGGUGUGCGGUUAUUAGGUUUUUCCCAUCAGGUCAAAGACAACGACCAUGUUAUCAGUAACUCAUAGAUAAGGUUUUAAACAACUGAAUAACUGUUUUGUGAUUCUUUUGAAAGCACAGUAGAGAUACUAUUGAUGUGCUAUUGGUUUGUCUUUGAGACUGUCGUGUAUUAUGUUUGUGUUGAUGUUUUUUGUAGUGUGAUAUCAAAUUCUAUAUUUUUGUAAUAAAAUUUAAAAAUCAA